AUGGGUCAACAAUUAUCGACAAUUAAUUUAAAAACUUCUGAUGCGACUAAUACAGAUGAUACGGAAUUUAAUUAUGAUAACAUCGCAUCUCGCGGCGGUGAUGAAAAUAUUCAUUUAUUUUCAUGGAUUAAAGCUCUUGAUGGCAUGACAACAAGUUCAAUUGGGUUUGAUCAAAUUGCGAGCACGCACAUUCAAUUAAUACAAAAAAUUCAAAAGGAUUUAUCGCUGCUAACACAUAAAGCUGAUAUUAUGAAAAUCAAUUCUGAUAUCAGCGAAAUACUUAUGGCAGAUGUUUUUCCAUCGAUUUCUGGUCGUUGUAGAGAAACCAUCGAAGAAAUUAUAGCUAUCGUGAAAAAACAAGAACAACUAACGUUAAAUAUAUUUUUGAAACAAAAACUGGCAGAAAAUGAAAAUGUUGAUCAGUCUAUUUCCGAUGAAUCGUUUCAUGAUGCACCUUCCGAUGAUACCAUCGACAAUGACGAUGCACAGGAAUCUAAUGUUGAUAAACAAGAAAUUGAACGAGCCAAAUUUCAUGCUCAACAAGUAUCUUAUUUUUCUAUACAAUCGUUAACAUCCUUAUUGAUAAUUUUAAUUAAAUCAGCAGAAAAA